AUGACGACGGUAGUUUUGUGAUCGUAUUUGAAGACAGGAGUCGCAUUCAGUACAGAAGCUCUUUCAAGCAAAACUUUCGCAUACUCUUUGCGAUCCUCAUAACUUUAAGUCAGUGUAUUUAAAGUGAGUUAGUGAUAAUGAAGUGGGUGGCAGCAGUUUUUUUUCUCAACUUAUUUUAUUCGGUAAUAUCAAGUCCGGAGGAUGGCGAGCCGUACCUGCAUGUAAUGGCGCGGUCUUCGGUCUACAAUGCAGGUGUGAAGAGAGCUAUUUAUUGUAAGGGGAGAAAUUUGCCUGAGACACUGCAAUGGUACUCUCCAUCAGGAGAUAUAGUAGAGGGUCGAUCUUCAAGAAACACGAGGGUUUAUGUUGAGAGGUCCAAAAAUGACACCCUGGCAAAUAGCCUCGUUGCUCUCAUCAUUCAGGAGGCGAUGAUAGAAGACAGCGGUAACUGGACGUGCAAGGCUGGAUCAUUGAGCGAAACUAUCGAAAUUACAGUUGGUGUAAAGGCAUUGAUAUCAGAUCCUGACGAAACAUUGGAGGGUGAGGAAGGAAAAUCUGUGAAACUUGACUGCAUAGCGAAAGGUCACCCAAGCCCUGUUGUGCAGUGGUAUAUUGAAAAUGAUCCGAUAGCACAUGAUCAUAAAAAAUAUGUGAUUCGGGUAAAAGGUGACAACUACCAACUGGAGAUAAAGAAUCUGACACACAAAGACACAAAUGAGUACGUGUGUAAAGUGACGCAGAAGGCGUUGUCACACUUCGCUAAUAAACGAGUGCAGCUUAUUGUUAAUCAUAAACCAUUACUUAUUGAUGAGAACAAUGAAGUUUAUUACUCAAAGUACAGAACUGAGGAAGUAUACGCUAUUAUGAAUGAAACCAAGAACAUUACGUGCAGUGUCCUCGCAACACCUCCUCCGACCUUCCGUUGGUACCGGCGACAUGAUGGCUUUGAUGAUGAACUUCUCACGGAUGCUGACACGAUUUUGAUCUCAGAAAACGGCAACAGUUCAGUAUUCGUACUGAGAAUGUUGGAUGAAAGUGCUCUCGGAGAGUACAAAUGUUCUGCGGACAAUAACAAAGGCCAUGUUUCCAUUAUUUACCAUGUCUCGCUGGGAAAUAAACCAAACGCCCCUGAUUUCGUGGAACUAACUGGAAAAUCAACGACAUCAUUGACGUUCAACGUCUCUUGUUCCACUUGCAAUACUGCAUCUGCUGAAGAAGAUAUAUCUGAAGACCCCAGAAAUCUAACAGUUCUUGGUUAUUCAUUCGAGGUGGUACCAGUUCAGGAAGGAUUUCUGCCUGAUUGGGAUGCCGCCACAGAAUUUCUUGUCAACUUGAAUCAAUCCAAUAGCUCCUUAUUCACCAUCAGUCCUCUGGCGAACAGUACAACAUACCAUGUCAGGGUGCGCACGCGCAAUGCAGCUGGCUACUCCGACUGGCUCGAGGUGUCUCCAGACCCAACAACCGACCUAGCCUGCAAACUUACAGGCUCUUUCAUCCUUUUAAUCAUUCUCUCUUUUAUAUACCCCUUGAUUAAUCAAUAAACUUAUGAUUGUCAAACCUUAGUGAAUAGUUCCAUUAUUCGCUAUAAAAUUAUUCACUGUGGAAUGCGAAAAAUUAAUGUGUGUGCUUUUAACAGUUAGUUAUGUUCAAUCGUUGGAUGAGAUUUUUGAAAUAUUCAGUUAUAAGAGGAAACAUUAGUUGUCAUUUUUUAAUAUAAGGAUUGUCGAAUCUUUUCUACUUGUUAAAUAACCCUAUAUCAAAAUUAUUUUCAAUAUCAUCAUUAUCUACGUUAUCCAAAUGUUGUUAUGUUUUUCUUAGGUGUUAAUUCCGCUAAGUUUUGUAUUUCACCAAUUCGACACGGGCAUCUUCAGGAGAUCUCUCUGUUUUGCUUUAUCUAGUAUUUUUGUUUUUGUAAGAGAAUUUCAAAAACUGCAACGGUUUAGUAAUAUAUAAAUCCGAUAACAAUAAGCGAAAUAAUCAAUCUGACACAAUGAUUUCUUCCCAUUCAGUUUCAGAAAUUUCGCUAGGAUAGGUAAAAUUUUGGAGGAGGAAAGUUGCUCGAAAUAAAUUUUGGGUUUAACGAUUUUUCGGAUCUGAAGUUGUCUUUAUAGCACUGAAUAUUGUCUCGGAAAAAGGCCUCAAUUAAUGUGUCCUCUUAAUAGUAUAUUAUAUUAUAUUCUUUAAGCUACUUACUUAUUGAUACUUGAUAUAUUAAUAAGAUCGUCCAUUAUCUAGUCCUCGCCCACUAAGUAAAUAUUAAUAAUUUUCUUUUAUAGGAUGGGUUUAUUGAUGUUAAUGAUUAAAUACAUUUUAAUUUAUUUACUAUACAGCGUACGUCUGGUGAGGCACUAACAAUACUCGAUGACGUCAUUUUAAUUGACUACUUAGUUAACAUAACCCUAUCGGUCACAGCGGGAACGCACUUAUUACGGCUGGAUUAAUGAUUCGCCGACGGACGAUGAGCGUUGACGUCGGUCGAGCGUAGCGCGUACCCGUACGCGCAGACUAUGGUGUGUUUAGUGCUCAGCUGCAGGAAACUUUUAUGAACGUGAACAAUCGCAACGAAAAAUGAAUCCAUUUCUAACCUAUUUAUUAUGUGCAUACUACUUACGCGAACGAUUACGGAGUAAAAAAAGGAGAAGAUAUCAUGUUUACACAAUUAUUAUAGAGCGCCUGAUUGAAGGAGAAUUUUGUCCAAAUUCUUUUUGGAAAUUGCGAGAACUCGAAAUUUUAUUUAUGAUUUUUAAUUACAAUAUUACGCGUGGGCGUACGCUUGGUUGUCACUUAUAUAUCGCCAUAGCGCGUCAGCAGACCAACGUACGCCGGACCGAUGAGUUCGACCGACGAUUCUCGUUAGCGCGCCGUAGCUUUACGUGCGUAGCGAUUCAUCAGCGCUAGACUGUAUGCGUUCAUAAUUAUUAUGUUUAUGUUGUUAUAGCUACGCUUGACCGAUGUCAGCGCUGACCGUCGGUCGAGUUGCGCAGUGCGCUGAUGUAUUCACACUUAAUUUAUUUAUAGGGUAAAUUCGUUCAUAAAUUAAGAAUCUAAUUUUACUACAUACUUGGACUGAUAUUACUUUAUUAUCUUUAGUGUCUUACCAGUUCUACAUAUAAACUGAUAUACAGUGCAAAACAAAUAAAGAAAUCGCGUCCUUAAAUUCAGUCAAACUUUCUGUAUAUUUAAAUUUUUCUUUUAUUUAUUGCACAUCAUAUUGUUGCUUACAUUAGACCAUAUUAGUAUUAUUUUUUGUAUAACAGUAUGAUUUCAUUGUAUGGUAUUAUAUAACUGUGUAUUGUAUUAUUAGUUAAUCCUUAUUAAAAAAAAGUUAUCAUUGGAAUAAAAAAAAUAUAAUAUUAAUAAUGCUGAUUUAUAAUCGUGUUAUUAAUUUGUUGAGUGAAUUUAAAAAAUUAAUAUUUUAACUUCUGCUAACUUAUUUUAAUUUCUUUCGAUAUAAUAAUAUAUAUUACUUUAAAUGUUUGUGAGUGUAUGUUAUAUGUAUAUUAUGUAUAAAGAUAUGUUUUGAUAGAAUUAUGAAACAUAAAUAUUUUAAUUAUUAUGUUGUGUCGUAGCAUAGUUAAUAAGUUAUAAGCAUACCCACUGUGUUAAUUAAUAUGUUUUGAAUAUCUUUUCGUAGAUAUGUCGAUUCAGAUUUAAAUUUACAGGUUAUAAUGCAAUUAUUAAUCAAUUUAAAGGUAUUUUAGUUACUAGUAACAAGGUUUCGAAAGAUAGAUUGAAGUCUUAUGAUGAAGUUUUUUUCUAUAUUUGAGGUUUUCAAUACAGUUUAUUCUUAUGGCUUACUUACUAUAUUAAAAGUAAAACUUACGUCCAGAAUUAAAUUGACUGAAUGUUUCUCUUAUCUGUCUAUGAGUACAUAAAUUUGUAAUUCUAUAAUUUCUGUAAUUAAUUUUAUAUUUAGAUGAAAACUAUAAAAAAGACAAUAAGCUUUAGAUAUUUCUAGAUCUAUGACGUUACUGUAAUUAUUAAAAAAAAAUACUACUUUUCACUUUUCUGCUGUUACAGAAGAAUAUAAUUGGAUUUUUUAAAACCGUUGGAAUUGGCGAAGGGAGAUAUUAUGUUUACAAUUAGUUGGUUGUUUUAAUUACGUUAAGUUAAUGUAUAGGAUUUAGACGAUGUGUGUUAUUGUAAGAAUUAUAGUGAGCUAAUCUGGUUUCAAGCCAUUUAUUCUUAAGGUUUUAUAUUAAUUUCUUUGAUACGCUCGUGUUUUACGGUUUUGAAAUAAUACUCACUCUCAAUUAUCAAGCUCUCGUCUCAUGAGAGUCAUGUCUCGUCUCAUGUCUAAUUAUAAAUUGUCAAAUUGUAAAUGUCAAUUUAACCAAUCUUGUGGUUGGAGCAAUAUUAUUUUUACAUACAGACUAUUAGAGUCUAAAGAUUUAGAUUUAUUGAGUUUAAGCUUCAAACGAUCUGACAGCCCGAUAAUGACAAUUUUGAUUUGUCAUUGUAUGCGUUAGCUAGUUUAAUAUUUAAAAUACUAAGAAACUAAUUGAGUGGCUGACUGUUUGCGACUUGUCAUUCAAAAUCGGUUAUAGAAACAAUAGAUUCGCUUUCCUUUUCUACCUAAUAGUAUCUGCGAGAUGUGCAGUGAGUAAAUUUUAUAAGUUUAUGUUUAUCCGAAUGUUUUGAGUUUUGCUUUUGUGUUAGAUCCUUAUCAGUCUCGUGCCAGAUUUUGGCGAGUCAACAUGUCCUGACGAUGCCUCGUGUAGAGGCGAAACACGUGUCGAAUUAUUUAAAGACUAAUAUUGGCGGAAUUAACACUAAAAAAAACUCAAAACAUUUGGAUAAUUAUGGAUUUCCGCAACGUAACGCCUACUUCAAUAAAGUUUGUUUUUUAUCCUUAUUCUGAAUUAACUAUAAUAAUUAUGAAUUAUUGAAAUCGGUUAUUUUUUUAUAUCCUUAAGCAUUAUUUAAUUUGCAAUGCCCACAAGUAUACCGCUUUAAAAGCGUCGCCUAAUAGAUUUAGCUGUUUAUUAGAUAGGAUUGUUAAUUAUAAUAUCAUGACUUGUUAAUCAUAUGCGAGCUUCUUCACAAAGCAUAUUUAUUUGGUAGCAAUUGAAAAAUGAUGUAAAUAAUUAUAACUUCAAGUUAAUAAUUUAGACAUUGUUGUAUAUUGUGUACUGGUGACUCUAAUAAAUUUCAUUUACGAGGUAA